AUGUCGUCCAGCUGUGCUGGAGUCGAGCGUUGGGAACUUGGGUCAAGUAUGCAGCUGGAGUUUGGUAUACUGAUUGUAAUGAGAGCCAGAGACCGGAGCUUAGUCCGGAGAGGUGGUAAAAAGAUGAGUGGGAAGAGGGUAGUUGAAGUUUUCAUCCCAUUGAAAGGAUCUCCUGUUGCUAUUUACUGUCUGACCCCAGAGUUGAGUCAGAAAACCAUCAGCAAUCCUGUGACUUUCUGGUGGAGAGAGGGGAUAUCCCAGGCACAUGUCACAGGAGGAGAGGGUGAUCAGUACAGAGUGCGGCUUGAUGGGAGUCUGAUGUUGCUAAACUGGGAAACUUCGAAGGCCACUGGUUUCUAUUACUGCACCACAAAGUACAUCUAUGACCAGAAGGAACAGAGGCUCACACUCCGUUUUUGUUUAGUAGCUUACCACAUGCCAUUUCGAAGUCUCCAAGUUAAUGUGCAAUUUAAAACUACAACCUGUGAAAAGAUUUAUGUGCAGAAUUCUGUUAAAUCUCUGAAGACAGUGUUGGGCUUUAUGUGUGAGCAACUUUCCUGUGUGAUAUUAUAUACAACCUUUAAUUGUAUACAAUGGCAAACAUCAGAAGGCACGUUGGAACAUCACAUUCAGCUCAAUAUCACAGUGCAGCCACAAAGUGAAGAUGUAAUUAUACCAUGCAAAACUGGCCAAGAAUGCCACAAUGAAAAGAUAUUAAGGGAGGCCUACCAGGAAAUACAUACAUUUAUUACCCAAUCUAAGCCUGUGAUGGAGGCUUCCAACAAUGUUCCUCCUCUGUACUAUGUGCAGGGAAGUCUCAAGGCAAUGAAGGUGGACCACUGCUUGACAGGAAUGGGGAAGUUAUUUGGGAAGAACAAACCCUGCAUGGAUUGCUGUGCUCCAAAGAAAGAAAGAGAAAUCUUCAAUUCCACUCAUCUCCUGAUAACUAUUGUAGCGUGUAGUCUGACAUUCCUUGGAAUCACUGUUCUAACAAUGUACUGCCUGGUGGCAGCCCUGCGUAAGGAGGUCAGAAUCAAUCAGUCUCCACUUAGAGUAAAGGAAAAUGCAAACUUGAGAAGUAUGAAAUACUCCCCACAUCAUCUGACAAUGACAGAAAAACAGGUAAAAUCUUUCCCAUACAACCUGCCAACGGAAGCAGCUCAGAACUGGGGGCAUGGAUCAUAAAACGAAGACAAAGCAGCAUUCGGUGACAGAAACAUGAACCAGAGGUUGAAAAAAUGAACAAGAAUUUACAAGGGCACACACAGUGGUUGCAGUUAAACAUGGUCCAAAGAUGGAACCAGCAGAGAGCAACAAAAAUGAAAGAAGCUGUCCUGAUAAUGUGUAUGACCCUGAGCCUGUAUUUUUCAGUGUGCAUGUUAUUGAAUGGACCUGUGAAAGAUUGUGUGCCUUGUGCUUUGGUCUAUCUCCUUGUGUCUAUAUAUUGUGUCUCUAUAAACAGAUGUGUGUAUGACUCUAUCCACCAUUGUCUACAUGUGUAUCUAAUGAGUAUGUGUACCUGGCUGUGA